GAAAAACAGCAGCGUACAAAUUUAGAGCUAGAAUUAGGGGUUUCUGUUUCAUCCAAAAAAAAAAUGAGUUCCGGCGGUGGAUCAGGCAAGGGCGGCGCCGGUAGAGGCAAGCCAAAGGCAUCGAAAUCGGUGUCUAGGUCUUCAAAGGCGGGUCUCCAAUUUCCCGUCGGAAGGAUUGCCCGUUUCCUUAAGAAUGGAAAAUAUGCUGAACGUGUGGGAGCUGGUGCACCAGUUUAUCUGUCGGCUGUUCUUGAAUACCUCGCCGCUGAGGUGUUGGAGUUGGCUGGAAAUGCAGCAAGGGAUAACAAGAAGAAUCGUAUAGUGCCAAGGCACAUUCAGUUGGCUGUGAGGAAUGACGAGGAGCUGAGCAAGCUUUUGGGACAUGUUACAAUUGCUAAUGGAGGUGUCUUGCCCAACAUUCACCAGAAUCUGUUGCCUAGAAAGGCUGGCUCAGUUUUGUUCCAGCAGAGUUGCAUUAACAUCAAGCAUACUGCAUUUCAUCCAUAAGUUUGCUAUGUGAAACACCUGAAUUUCAAGCAUACUGACCAGGAAAUAAGUGUCAAAUCCAGGUGUUGGAGUUGGCUGGAAAUGCAGCAAGGGAUAACAAGAAGAAUCGUAUAGUGCCGAGGCACAUUCAGAUG